AUGGAUUAUGGAUUUGAAAAUUUGCCCCAGUCAUCCAUUGAAGCCUCAGCUUUUGAACCUUUAGCAACAGAUGCCUUUGAGACCCCAACAGAAUCGUCGAGCUCGCCUUCGCUCGAUGUAAGCGAACUUAAAGAGCUUUUCGAGUUAUCUCCCCCUAUGAACGAUGCCACGGCUUCCUACUAUUCAAUGGAAGGAAUGAUACCUGUGGAAUAUGUGGGGUCCACAUCACUCGACGAGCGUGAUCGAUGCCGCCGGCAAUCCAACUCACACAAAGCCCCAGAAAAUCUAAGUAGUAUGCAUCUUCGACGACGCGCACAAAACAGAGCAUCUCAGCGCGCCUUCCGCGAACGCAAGGAAAAGCACGUAAAGGCGCUGGAGGAUCAACUACAAUGCCUACACGAGCAGCAUCAAGCACUUUUAUAUUCUUACACCCGCCAGUCCGAGGAAGUUGGGAGACUUAAGGAUGUGAUAAAGGAGCUGAUGUCCGAGCUGGAACUACUCAAAACGGCAAAUAACAUUGCUUUCAGUGGCAUCGGAUCCCCGGAUAGACCUGGGGUGUUCGACAUUCCAGGGCAAUAUCCAUCAACCUCUUAUCCUCAUCUGAGUUCGCCGCACUACUUUACAAUCCCUUCGUCGCAGUCAACGAGAUAG